GUAAAGGUGAACGACUCAGCACAUUCUACACAGAAUCCACAGGCCCAAGGCCCGGGCCUCGCAGUGGGGCUGGGAUGGUUUGUGCCGAGACUUACGAAGGGACAUUUUCUUUCUCUUAAGCAACUUAUUUUCAACUCCCUCACCAACUGCCUGGGGCCCCGGAAGCUUUUGCAUAGUGGGAAAUUAUACAAGACCAAGAGCAGUAAGGAGCUACACGGAUUCCUCUUCAAUGACUUCCUGCUUCUCACCUACAUGGUCAAGCAGUUUGCCGUUUCCUCCGGCUCUGAGAAACUUUUCAGCUCUAAGUCCAACGCCCAAUUCAAAAUGUACAAGACGCCCAUUUUCCUGAACGAGGUCUUGGUGAAGCUGCCCACAGACCCUUCCAGCGAUGAGCCCGUCUUCCACAUUUCCCACAUCGACCGGGUCUACACGCUCCGCACAGACAACAUUAACGAGAGGACUGCCUGGGUCCAGAAGAUCAAGGGGGCGUCUGAGCAAUACAUCGACACAGAAAAGAAGAAACGGGAGAAGGCUUAUCAGGCCCGCUCUCAGAAGAUGUCAGGCAUCGGGCGUCUGAUGGUGCAUGUCAUCGAAGCUACAGAAUUAAAAGCCUGUAAACCAAACGGAAAGAGCAACCCGUACUGCGAAAUCAGCGUGGGCUCCCAGAGCUACACCACCAGAACCAUCCAGGACACACUCAACCCCAAGUGGAAUUUUAACUGCCAGUUCUUUAUUAAGGAUCUUUACCAAGAUGUGCUGUGUCUCACCAUGUUUGACAGAGACCAGUUUUCACCAGAUGCAUCCAGCAUCCAUAAACCAAAAGAAGUUCCUUCUUUUGGAUUUGAAAGUUUUACGAAUCCUGUUUCAGACACUCCUCCUGAGGCAUUUUGUAAAUAUUUUUAUAAUGAAAAAAGACUUGGACUCUCACAUGAUGUCUAUUCAUCAGAUUUCCUGGGUCGUACAGAAGUUCCAGUGGCAAAAAUUCGAACAGAACAGGAAAGCAAAGGCCCUACAACCCGCCGACUGCUGCUGCAUGAGGUCCCCACUGGGGAGGUCUGGGUCCGCUUUGACCUGCAGCUUUUUGAGCAGAAAACUCUCAUCUAGGAGAUUCAGGAGGAUGGCACCAGGGGAUCUUCCCACUGACUGGGGCUGGGGAACCAAAGACUGUGCCCUUCAGGGCUGGGGGAGCAUCUUGCAGCUUCAUCCAUCACAAAGCCAUGCACGCUGGGGCCUCUGUUUCAUUGUGCACUAAAUCGCUAGCGAUCUAUGCAAACAGGAUCUUUCCUAUAAAUAAACCAAACCCCAUAGCACAGUGCCUUGCAUUAGUGUUAAGCUCAGCUGGGUUUCGAUGCCGAGGUUUCCGUUUUCAGGGCUAUACAAAGUAUUACACGGAAAUGAGGCAUCAGAUCCAGAGACAUCCCGCAUGGUUGGACGUGUCCAUUGUGGAGUGGUUUGGUGACGUUGUAACCAGUCCACGCCACGUGACCUGUGUGGGUCACAGCCACUCAGGAGGUGAAAGGUGGGAUGAGGCGCUGCAGCCUCAGCUUGAGCAGUGACGCUGAGAUGGCGUCUACUGGUGCACUGAAUAGAACCAGCAACGACCACUCUAUUCCUGACUAGACUUUACCAUUCUCUGCUAAGACAAUAUAGUUUGAAAUAUGAGGGAGAAAGCUUGAUUUACUUUAAAUACUGUGAACGCUAAUAAUGUGGAAAAUAUUUUUCAACUUUAAUUUUCUGAAGUAUAAGUUAUUUAUGUAAAUGUCUUGUUUUUGCAUAUUUCAUAGGACAUGCAUCUUUAAGCUUUAUCAUUGCCAAUAUGUACAGAAAGAA